AUGGGCCGCUUAUUUUGCGGCCCGGUCGUAAAGAUGGUUCAGCUAGACGUAGACGAUACCGUCCGCUGGGAUAAAGCCAUCGAAGCAACCAACAUGUACUACCGAUCCAACGAUGUGAUAUUCAUUCUUCCUGUGAGUAUUCACCACGGUCACUUGAACGUUCUUGGCUGUAGUCAAAAUUGUCAUCACCAUGUGGCGAUGGUCCUGAACCUGUACGGGUACUUAGGAAAGAGUAAUUGGAACCCUCUAUCCGUCCUGAACCUGAUCCGGAGAGAGGGCAAGACUAUCUAA